CAACGGCGAUGACAAAACAAAAGACAACGGCGAUGACAAAACAAAAGACAACGGCCAUGACAAAACGCCAGACAACGGCCAUGACAAAACGCCAGACAACGGCGAUGACAAAACGCCAGACAACGGCGAUGACAAAACGCCAGACAACGGCGAUGACAAAACGCCAGACAACGGCGAUGACAAAACGCCAGACAACGGCGAUGACAAAACGCCAGACAACGGCGAUGACAAAACGCCAGACAACGGCGAUGACAAAACGCCAGACAACGGCGAUGACAAAACGCCAGACAACGGCGAUGACAAAACGCCAGACAGCGGCGAUGACAAAACGCCAGACAACGGCGAUGACAAAACGCCAGACAACGGCGAUGACAAAAUGCCAGACAACGGCGAUGACAAAACAGCAGACGAUGGCGAUGCGAAAACAGCAGACAACAGCGAUGAGAAAAAAAAAGAUGAUGGCAAUGAGAAAACUGCGGACAACAGCGAUGAGAAAAAAAAAGACGAUGGCGGUGAGAAAACAACAGACAACAGCAAUGAGGAAACAACAGAAAAAGACGUCAGUGAGAAAAAUUCAGAAGAUGUCGCUAAUGAGAAAGAAACAGACAAAAAGGACGAAAGUGAGAAAAAAACAGAAGAGAAGAAGCCAGAAGAGGACAGCAGAGAUGGGAAAAUGGGGGAGGAAAGUCAUCAGUAUAAUGCACCUGGAAUGAAGGACGACACAGAAAGCAGUCAUUUCUUUGCCUACCUUGUCUUUACAGCUGUGCUGGUGGCAGUGCUUUACAUCACUUACCACAACAAGCGGAAGAUCAUUGCCUUUGUUUUGGAGGGAAAGAGAUCCAGAUCUACACGUCGACCUAAAUCUACAGAAUACCAGAAGCUGGAACAACAUAUGUGAUCUCAAGUCGUUUUUGUGAAGCCAUUGCCUGGAGCAGCUGAAUACACUUUAGGUUGUGUGAGAAGGGGGCGAGUACAUACAGGCAUUAGUUUUUUUUCUUGGUGUCCUCUGCAUUGAUCUCACCUUGAUUUAAAUGGACAUUGUUCUAUUUUGUACCUUUAGAUGCUUAUUGCAUGACUAUGCAGAUUAAAUUGUUGCCUUAUUGAGGGACUUGGUGAAAUGCAGUGAGGGUUAAAUAAGCAUGUUGUUUUUGCACUUGUGUCGUUAUUCCACUUUAUUAGGCAAUCUUGUAAUUUGACCUGACUAAGGUCCUGACUCAGGAUAUUUCAGUAGCAGAUGAAAAGAAUAGCUGUUUGGAUUCCAGCCUUGUUUGUACAGUGCAUUAGUCAUUGCACUGUGUACCUAAAGAAGCCAUUUGAAUCCUUGUAAAAUACUGAUUGUGUAGAGUUUCUGUGUGGAUGUUUUAAAUGUCUGUUAGUUAAAUGUAUCCAGAUUCUUAUUUAGAUGUGCUAAAGUAUCACAGUGGGGUUUCUGCUCAAAACCAUAUGGUGUUGGCCAGAUGAAUGUAAUAGCAACCUUUAUUUUUCCGAAUGAGAUGCUUGCUCAGUGCUCACCCACUUCAGCUUCUUAAAAGGCAGAGAUUGAAAAAUUCUGAGACUUGGAUGAAAAGAUCAACACUCUCAUAGUCGUUAGUAAAACAGCCUACUGCCGCUUAGCAAGCCAGACGCUGUCAGUAGGUCACAAAAUCUGCCUUCCAGCACCUUUAAAGUCUGUGAAUUACCAUUUAUAUUUCUUUUGUUCAAUAAAUACAAAAACUCAAGUGUUAAAAUGAUAUGUUGCAGUUUUACAAGGGGCUACGUGUUGGACUAUUUCUUGAGCUGGAGCAUUUAUGCUAAGCUAAACUAGCCAUCUACUGGCCAUAGCUUCAUUGUUGGCGUACAAAUACAAGAGUGGUGUUGAUCUUCUCAUCUCACUCUCUGCAAAAAAGGGAACAAGCAUGUCUCCCAAAAUGUUGAACUAGUCCAUUCAAAUACAACUAAGUAACACAUGUUGGGUACACAUGUAAAUGUCCUUCAUUUUAUCCAGAGUGAAUAUGAUGCAAAGCAACCUGCAUGGUGUAGCUGACCGUGUUACAGUGUUGGUUAUUUGUAAACUGUCAGUCUAGUUAUUAUGUUUGCCCAGCACCUCUGUGACCAGUUAUUCCUCUAACUUAUUACUUGUUGCUUUGCAUUGAAACUGUAGUCUGAAAUGUUGAUUGAUUUAACCAAAAAAGUAUUUUGUAAGAGGAACCUGGCCAACGACUGUGUUGUUUUGACUGUUGGGAGUGCACUAUUGGAAAGUAAUGUCUGGGGAUAGGUGACCACUAAUACAUUAGAUUUAAACUGUCCUCUAGAGUCGAUGUGUGUGUUGAUGUUUAGAGAUGACAGACUUGUGCCAAAUUGUGAAUGAUUUUUACUGUGAUUCAAUGUGUAACUGUUGUAUUGUGCCUGUUUCAUAAAUUAAUAUAUUUUUACUGGGUCAUAAUCCAUGGAGAGCCCUGUCUGUAGAGAAAGGAAAAGAGAUAUAAUCAAAAUCAAAGUCCAUAUUGUGUCCCAAAAAUAUAUUUCUAUUGUGAGAUCUGGAAAGAAAAUUCUUGUUUUUUUUAACAUGAGUGAAAAAGCAUAGUUACAAUAUAGAAGUUUAAUGACCUUGUAGCUAAAUAAUUAGGUAUACAGUAUUUAUUUCAUUUUGUUAGGAAUGGCUGUCCAUAAAGACGAACUGUUGUCCUUCAAAUGUUUCUUUGCCAAACCAAUUCAGAUGACUAUUGAUUCUAAAAUAAAUGCUUUUUGUACUUUGCAGCCUCAGAUGAGUUGGAUUCCCAAAUUUUCCUUAACUGUCACAGCUGCUUCAGUGAUUCGAGGCCUGACAAUCGGUGGUAAAAGACGUAUUCAGAUACUGUACACAAAAGCAAAAGAUAACAACGCGACCAUGUAAAAAGAAUCCAGUGCAAAUAAAACACAUUGCAUUCAAAAUCCUUCAAACCAUUAAAUGUAAAAAAAAAAAA